GAAUGAGUGGAGAAUUCAACAUGCUUAUAAACCCGUCUAUUUGUCAAAUUUGAAAAUUAGCGUAUCUCUGAAUCCACAAAAGUCGAGUAUAGUGUAACUUGGGAAUAGACUGUCUUUGAGUGUAUUUUUGUUGUGAAUAUCAAUCGAGUAACUAGCAAUUGAAGUCUCCCAUUAAAAAAAAUCAACAUGGCUGCUUGUUUAAACUAUUCCAUUUCCAUGUUUUUAAAAUAAGAAUAUGUUCGAAUCUCACUUUUAGAAAUAGCCAUAACACAAUAGAUUAAGAAAUAUACAUAACUUUUUUGACAUAAAAAGAAUAAGCAUCACUUCAACACCGAACAGACUACAUGAAGUGAUUGGAUUUUCUUUCUAAACAGGGUAGAGCAAAACUGCUACAAACCAAAACUAUUUGUCAUAUUAAACCAAUGACGUGAGUGGCUCCUUAAAGUAUCAUCUGUCAUUUCUACUAACACCUUGUACGGUUCCAAGCAAAUUCACUCUAAGAGUAUCGUAAUGGCUUUAAGCAUAACAUGAAUAAUGCGUACUAAAAACACACACACACACACACACAAAACCUAAACAUAUCUCGUAUCGCACUGCACCGGAGAAACUUAUUUACGGUGCAUUCGUUAGAGCAUUUGCUACAGCAUUUUCCCACACCGUGAUAAGGAAAAGAGUGAAACACAAGGGUACGGUAAUAUUUUGCAGGAAUAGAGACCAUCAAGGAGCAAAUGCGCUAAUCGAAGUGCAAGAUCUUGCUGGUUGGUUUAAUGUAAGACGUUUGACCUCACCGUUUCAUCUUCCGUUUGCUUAAAAAACACCCCCCCCCCCCCCUCGGCCGGGAAAAUUGGACGGGGUAAGACGACGAAACUUUGACAGAGACAGAUGAACGGUUCAGAGGGUGAGAACAGCAGAAGCAUACUGGUGGUAGGGCGGAUAAGAUGGCUCUACUUUUUCAAGUACACCCGCACACUAAAACAUGCACAAAUAGUAAGUCUAGAAUUCAGCUCUCCCUCUCUCUUUCUCUCUGUCUGUAGGUCGCUCUAUCUCCGUUUGUCUUACAUUCGUUAUCUUCAUCUAAACAUAAGUGAUCUCAUUGAAUGAAACGUCUACUCCGCACGGAUGCAGGAACCAGACAAACGAGAGUCGCUAGCGUUUGUCUAGCAGGGUACGGGAAAGCACCUAAAGAUGUGCCACCCGGUGCACCAGCACAUCCUUCCGCGCUUGGAGUUGGUAGACAAUUUGGGCCGAUUCCCGCCGGUACAUAAGCUCCCAGUGGAACAGGAAUACCGUUUUUCCACAAAUGUCCGGAAUGUCUGCCGAAGUUUUGCAGUAAAAGGGAAACGGUACGUGAAUAACAAAGAGUGUCUAUUGCUGUAUGUGACUCGGUAUACGAUUAAGAUGCUUUACCGUUUUGGCGGCCACCGGUAAGAACGUUUUAGCCGAGACGUGACUAUCCUGGAGGCUGUGAGUUGCUCAGUAACUCACGUUUUCUUACUACCAUGUUUGAGCGGGUUGCAUUAUUCAGUAUGUCUAUGUGCGGGUCAUAGUUUUCAUACUUAAUGCUUUCUCUUUCUUACUCACCCACACACACACACACACACACACACACACACACACACACAGAACAAUACAUUUCUACGAAACGUAAACCUGUGUAGUUGUGUGUGCGAUGGUGACUUUCGAUCGACUUCUUUGGAGUUGCCAAGUAUUACCAGCUGAGCGUCUUCUACGUAUAAUGCGACUCAGGCGCUUAAGAAGAAAGAAGUAAUUUUUUGUUGGUGUUUUUUCCUUUGCUCACAACUUCAACGCAAAGAUGCUACGUCGCGAAUCCGGGGGAAACCUUUUUUGCAUUUACGACCUUCGGUACGGUGUACCCCCAAACCAUCACAAAAGCUGGGAGGAAACAUUCACGGUGUUCCUAUUAAAAUACUUUAAUGUUUAGAAGCUGAAUGUAGCGGUACUGCCACUGGUUCUGUAUUUUGGAUGCUGCCAUUACGUUGUUUGUCGCACGUUUUGUCGCGUUUUCCCGAUUACUCACAUUGCUGAUGAUGGUGUGGAUGAUUUAAUAGCUUUAAGAAGACCGCAGGACGUGCCGGUGACGUUCGCGGGCGCUACCGUACUCCGCAACUGCAAACAAAGUCCCGCCAGACUUUGGGUUGAGUGGAAUUUGUUUUAUUUUUCGCUUUCCAUUCGAGCAUAAGUAGGUCUGUCGUUCACUUGACUUUCGUGCUGGAGAAAAGGACUGGGAAGUUUGCUACGAAGUCGUUACGUUAUUGACCUAGGUUCUGGUUUUGGAACAUCUUUCCGAGUUUUAAUGGAGCUGUGGAGCAAUGUGAUCGGUUAGUUGCCGGUAUAGCGUUAUCGUCUUCUGCGAGAUGUGCGAGGUGCGUCAAGCUUUCUGCUGAGCGGACAGAUGCUCCAGACAUUCAGUCUGUACUACACAAAUGCGUAUUGAGCUAGGAUUGGUACUUUGUGAAUGUCACGUGCCUUCCAAGCAUUGAUGAGGUCGUGGUAGAUACGAACGUGUCCUAUCGGAUAUGUUGCCUGCUCACAAAGGUUCGAAAUAUGUCUAGAGUUUUUUAGCACAUCUUCAGCCACCUGACCAGGUGGUACGGACAGGUUGAUGGGGCACACUAAAAGAUUAUAAAUAGUGUUGCGCGAGUUAAACUACACUAUAGUAACACAGUAAAGUGUCGAGCGAUGAAGUAUUACCAGCUAUCUGCAAGUACGAUGGGGACUAAUCGAAUCGGUGGUGCGUUGGGAUGGUUGCUGCUACUGGCUGCAACCUGCACUGUAACACUAGCCGCACCCAGUACUGGGCAUGGUUACGAGACCAAGAGUAUUGCCCAGGCCUACCUCGAGUGUCUUCAAUAUCUGAACAUUUCGCGCCAAUCCAUGUACGAGUAUAACACCACGGCUGUACCUCUCAACAACGGCGGCAAUUGCUUGUUGCGCUGCAUUGGUCUAAAUACCCGCUGGUGGAACGAUGAGGCGGGACUGAACGAGAAAGCACUGCUACAGUUCUUCCGUCAAACGGACACGAACUCACUGGAACAGGCGCGCACCUGUCUGGCGGAUGUAUCGGACUCACCCGAUACAUGUGCCGCCGCUUAUCGAUCGUUCCGGUGCUACAGUGACGCGCUGGGUGAUGUCAUUGCCCAUCCGGAGUAUGUCGCACCGUGCAGGGAGGAGAUACAACGGUCAGUAAGCGAUUGUGCUGCAAUGCUGCAGGUGUCCGACGAGCAGCUGACAUCUUGUGUAAAUGCCGAAACGUUUCAGCACAGUGGAAACGCUACCGCGCUACUGCGAUGCGUUGUGCUGCGACUUGGCCUGUACGCUGAUUCGACCGGGGUGAUGUACGAUCGUUUGCAGCUGUUGAUGGAUAGUGACACUGCCCCAUCUUGGACGGAGGCACACGUCGAGGAGGCUAAGCAGUGUGAGAACAAUUUGCGAGCGUUGGGCACUGAAGUAUGCCAAGUUGCGGCUCACUCUGUUGAGAUUUGUUACGGUUGGCAGGCAUUUGGAGAACUGUGGAAGGUGCUGAGGGAAGAGUAUGGUAGCUCAUACAGUGACAUUCUUUACGAUAAUACGGAUGAACCCCUUAUGGAAUCAAAUGAUGUUACUGAGGAGAAACAGGAACAAGCAAACAAUGACAUCUAUCGUGUUCCAAAGGAAGUGGAGGUUUUUAGUUAUCCGUCAGGGUCCCGAUAUCGAUCACUAUUGAUAUUAAACCCUAAAUGGAAUGUUGGUGACUCCAAAUCGGACAGUUCCGAUAGUUCAUCUUCACAAGAUGACGAGACUCCAAGCGAUGAUAAGCUUACAACACCAGAGCUUUCAGUGAUGUAUUCCAAGAAACCGGUAAACCCAGAUAAUGUAGUGCAGCAACAAACAGUGCCUGAGCUUGAAGAGAGAAGACAACCAGCAACGGCACACUUUGUUCAAACCCGAUCGGUAGUUUAUCCAAUGGCAUCAGAGCUGUUUCCCUACUAUAGACCAGCUAUAACACCUUACGCACUACGGAUGAGACGUUCCCUUCCUCUACUACACUACCUCCCACAUGGUAUGCCAGCAAUGGGAACUCCCUAUUUCCAUCCAAUGUCCCAUCCUAUGGUAAAGCGAUCCAUCCCAAUGGAACCGAUGUUUGUUCCUGCAUCCUGUACCUGUUCCAGACCUUAUGUUCCACCACGUUAUGUAAGAGAUGUCGAGCCUCAUGAUGCACCUGUAGCAUUCAGCGACAGUCCGUUCCCGGCAUUCGAACUCAAUGAAUCUGCUGUUCCUAGAGUCCAAACCGAUGAGACUGUUGCUUUAUCUGAUGGCGAUUCCACCGUCUCAAAGAACGAGGAUGAUUCGGCUAGAAACAUUGCUAAUGAUGGAGAAGGUGGUGCACCUGAGGAAUCGGAAUUAUUUGCUGUAGAUAAUACAGUUUCAAAGAACGAGCAACUGCGUAUGGAACCUUCAAAUGAUGGUGAUGAUUCGUCUAGCAACAUUGCUAAUGUUGGAGAAGAAGAGGCAAAUGAGGAAUCGGACUUACUUGAUGCCGAUACCACUGUCCCAAAGAAUGAGGUACCCCUAAUGGAAGCGUCUAAUGAUGGAGAAGGUGAUGCAUAUGAGAAAUUGGACUUACCUGAUGGCGAUUCCACUGUCGCAAAGAGCGAGAAACUCCAAAUGGAAGUUUUAAGUGAUGGUGAUGAUACGUCUACAAACAUUGCUAAUGAUGGAGAAGGUGAAGCAAAUGAGGAAUCGGACUUACUUGAUAGCGAUUCUACAGUCUCAAAGAACGAGGACCUACGUACGGAAGCUUCAAGUGAUGAUGAUGAUUCGUCUAGAACCCUUGCAAAUAAUGGUGAAGGUGAUGCACAAGAAGAACCGGACGUACCAACUCCAAAAGAAGAUACGCCUGUCGUUGAUGAGACCCUAACCGAUGGAGUUGAUAGUAAUGAUGAAACGGAGCAGGUUUCUGCUGCAAAUGUAGUUGACGAAAACGUUGGCGAUAGUUUGAAGAAUGAGAAUUCUAACUCGAAUCUAGAAGAAGUGCAAACUGCUACCUCUGGACAAGAAGUUCCGCAAGAUUCCAAGACUUCAUCCUCAUCCGCGGGUAAAGCUGUACAUCCUAUGUUGACUCAACCAUCCCAACCAACAAACCAACCGGAUGUUACGGAUCAACCACCACAAUCGACAACAUCAAACACGCUUGCGGCUGAUGAAAGUAAGGCUCCAUCGCAGAAGGCGAUAAACACCGUACAGCGACUUAUCCGCGCAGUUCACACUACCAACUAUAUCAGAAACGUCCUAUCCACAUUAACAACACAUUGAGGUUAACAAUUGUUAAUGUUACAAACUUAUACGGAAACAGACUGGACCCGAAACGUAAUAAAUCUAUAUGAACCCGGAGAAACAAAUGAGUAGAGUGUACAACACUAUACAUGUAAAUGUUGUAAAAAGUUUUGCAGAAUCCUUGCCUCCACGGUUUGCCACGCUGCGUUGCCGACAAACGUUCUAACUCUGGUGAAUUGUUUUCCCACAGGUAUAGUCUAAUUUGUAUCGUAUUUUACAUUGUGCUCUGCUGGCUAAAAGCUAAGCUAACGAGCGAAUGGUGUUAUUGUUUGCACGUACUCACCCGUAGUAGUAAUGUGUGCCACCCAAUCCUUACCUGCAAACGCCGGACGACCGGAAUUUAAUCCAGUUUCGAGGAUGCAGAUGAGCGUGUGUAAAGGUCGUACAUGGUGCAGUUGCGGCGCCGGUGGUUAUUUAUUUAUUUCAAUGGAAUGAACUAGCUCCGAACGUAGUGGAUCUAGCUGACAAAUGUAUCUUUCUCUCACAUACAGCGUGUGUGUGUGUGUUUGUGUUGUUUGGAGAUGUUGAGGUGUAUCGGUCGGUGCAUGUGAAUGUUGCAAAUUGGUAAUCCUGCUUCCGGUUCGAUGCUGGUGUUGCGAAUGUUGACAAGCGAUACGCCCGAAUGCGUUUUGCAAUCUGCUGUCUCGUAAUGUCCGGUGCCGAGUUUGGUGAGAAUUACUGUCAGUAGACCGUACCGUACCGAGCGGGGCACAAUCAACGCCCCGAACCUGGUUUGGGCCGGCUUUAGACGAGAUCGU